AUGCCGAUGGGCCUGCUUGCCGGCGUGCCGGCACCGGCCUUUGUGGUCCCGGCGCAGGUCCAGAGAGAGAUCGCGGCCCCGAAUCCGCCAAGCGGCUUUGUGGUCACGGCCACGGCGGGCGGCAGCUCGAGCAGUUCAACGUGCAUUGCCGCAGCUGCAGCCGUGGCAGCGCUGGGGUCGCGAUCUUCCAGGACGGCCAUGCAUGGCCUUAAGGAUCGGGUCAAGAAGGACUUCAGUGUGAAGAGUGCGAUGAUCCGAAGACUCGGGAAAUGGCGGCUGAUGAAGGAGUUUGACAUGCGGAAGCAGAUCAUGGAGAACCCCGACAUGGCCAAGCGCUGCGGAAAGUCCCAGGAAGCGCUCAUCGACGACUUCAACAGGGCUUCGAACUACUUGAAGACUACCCUGGGUCUGGAGGACCAGAGCGCCGAGAUUUGCAUCUCCAAGGUGUCCACGGGAUUGAACAUGCAGUAUCUGGGAAAGCCGAACAUCCCCUCGAACGAGGAAAUGGCAACGGUCAUGGACUGGCUUGUGGAGAAUUUAGCCGUCACCAGAGAGGACGGUUCUCUGAAGAGAGUGGUGGAGCAGUACCCAUUCAUGCUCGGCCGCAGCCUUGAUGACCUGGAGGAGUCUCAGAACUUCUGCCCGGAGGACAUCGACUUCAAAGUCGCAGUUGCAGAUGACCCAGCCUUGAUCGACAAGACCUACAAUUGCCAGGGCAUCUGUGCAUCCCAGUGCGUGUCUUGCUGGUACAACGGCUAG